GAUGGAAAACCUUGCAAUGUUAGUUAAGAUACAGUUGAUCCUCCAUGUGCGACCACCUCUCCUAAGCGAUCCAUAAGUCGAGAUGGAGCUACACAUAUCGUAACUUUAAUUUGAAAUUGCACACAAUAAAUUGUUUUUCAAAGAGACGACCUGCUCUAAUCUGAAGGUUCUUAAACAAGACGACGAAACCAUUGAAGGUGAAAUGUUUGUGUGCAAAAGCUCAACACUGUCAUGUCAUUUUGGAAAAAAAAGCCUAAAACCAUAUUUGUUAAAACAUAAAAACAAAAAACAAACAAGAACAAAAAAAAAUGGAUACAUUCACCUUAGCGACCAGAUGUAAACCAUCAGGUAGAUUUAAUAUUAGUUAUUCUAACGCUUUACGUAACUUACAAUUCUCAUGCAGAUAUCGACGAGUGUUCUAUCAACUCUCACAGCUGUGACGUUAAUGCGGUUUGCAGCAAUACUGUUGGAUCGUACGCAUGCGUAUGUAAAGCAGGAUUCAUAGGCGAUGGAAAAACAUGCUCUGGUAAGCUGUUGCGGUGUUGUAAAAAACGUUUCCAAAACAAUGUGUGUGCCUGUAUUUUUUGUAUUCGAUCUUUACAUUUAAACAUGUAGAAGAUGAUGGGCAUAUAACCUUAAUGGCUCGAAAUAACAAUUACAGUAAAACUAGAAAUACGUAUCUCUCGCAAAAUUUCACUAAACUCGGUCUUGCACAAUUUUCAAGCCCGGCCUGGUAGAAAAUGAUUGGGUGACCAGGCUCUAAUCUGUCGUUAGACUGGGGACUCCUUUCUCUCCUGUCUUCUUUUUUGUUUCUUUAUUCUAUUUGAUUUUUAAAUGCGUAUUUUGAAGCAUAUUCACCAUUAUUUCGGCUUAAACUCAAAUCAAAGAUAGAUUUUGGGGACGUUCAAAGUUUUUUCCGUAAAACCCAAACUGAAACGCACGUCCGACAGACAUAUCUUAACGAAAUUGAUCUAUAGUAUGCCAACCGAGCAAACAGGGUACUUUGCUGUUAUAUUUAAUAAAAAUUCGUAUUGAAUCGUUAUGCAUUUCAGAAAGGAAAUUUACUCCCUCGAAUACUCCCUCUUACUAUAGCUGUUCUGAUAUAGAGCUAAGAGGAAGUCUCACGUAUAAGCUAUCGUGAGACGUCCUCGCCUUUUGAGAUUUUUUCCUUUCGAAUUGCGUUUAUUACGUGUAAUGAGAAACUCAGAAGGGGUUGAAACGUGUAACUCUCAUAUGUUUGCUUUUUGCGAUGCUCGUGCUUUACGUACUUUACGUUCCCAUGCCCGCUUAAAAAAAUGGCCUACUAACCGGGGGAAAACUCCCGAAAGCCGAGAAAGCUUUUAAAGUUUGGAACCAGGAAUCUUACCGAAAUACUGAGCAUGAUGUUAUUGCCUUCCCACUCGGGCCAAAUGUAACAUUGUGAAACCCACUGACGUUCUCGCAACUUCUUGAAGUUGUCACUUCAAAAAAAGAUGCCUCGUUGAUUAAAUGUUAUCGUCUGGUAGUACAAUGUACUAGCAUUUGCGGUACUUACAGUCGAGGCCCCUGUGUGUUCUGUCAUGAUUGACUGUUCCUCUAGAUCAGCAAUGACGAGAUCAUUUUGGCUAUUCCCCUCUUUAUCUAACAAGGUAUCCGAUUCUUCACUCUCCUCUUCACUGCCCAACAACUGACGUCCGUUGUCUGGACUUUGAUGAUGAUGAUGAUGAUGAUGAUGAUGAUGAUAAUAGUAAUGAUAGUGAUAAUGGGAAAUUUUACAGCGAUCGGACAAGGAAAAAAACACUUUAGAGGCGAUUGAAAAAUAUCGGUAUGGCCUCUGAAAAACUGUAUCGAAACACCUUAAGCCUAGCGACGUCCUUGUAAUGCGUUUUCCCGCCCACUCAGCGAAUUUAAAAAAGCGAAAAAUAGACGAAAUGAGUGGAAGAAGAUUACACCAUGGAAGAACAAGAUUGACGGACCAAAUUUGCAUUGAUUUAAUCGACAGCAGAUAUGAAGCUAAACUUGUGCAAGAUUUUGACAACUGCUCAGUUGAGGAAAAUUGUCGGAAAAUCGGUAUCGUGGAUUCGGCAGCACAAAAUCUUAAGAGAUAAAUUUGCAUAUUUGGAGAGAACCUGUACGAAUACAUGAUGAACUUCAGGAACAAAUUUAAGGGAGAACAAUGAACCAGCCCAUAACUGACCUGACGCAACGCGCGUGAUAAUCCACUAAGCUAAUCAUGCAAGCCCAUUGGAGAGCAGGCCAUUGUGCAUUCUUCAGUAAUAUACCUGAUGCAGGAAUACGUAACAUACAUACAUUGCCUUUAAUUAUCCUCAGAUUUACAUGGCUGGAAAUAUAUGAAAUGACUCAUAUUUUGAACUGCGUCCGGUCAUCGCAAAGGACGUCAGGGUUCGAUCGAUAUUCCCAGUCAAGCCUUAUUUUUUUCAGUUUCUUUUUCAACCACUUACAAUAGGCUGUUGUCCUGCCUAAAUUAGCGUUAUAGCUAUUUGCAGCACAUAAAGUAGUGUAACCUAAAUAUUAUUUUCUUUAAUUCAACAGAUUUUUGUUGUAGGUUGUUGGUGUCGCUUGCGUAAGCAGCGAGACUAUAAUAAUCUACAACGCGUUUUUCCCCCGGGGAGGGGGUUAGUCCCUUAUAUAGGCUAUAUAAGUAAGUGCAGCGCUAAAGGGUAUGUUUUUUUAGCCGUUUUGGUCUGAAAUAGGGUAUGGUUUUUGCACUCUAGUCUUGAAUUGGGUAUGUUUUUUUAGAAGAAGCUACGUCAUCAUUUGGCGAUAAGACAGGAGCCCAUCAAAUGGAGCCUCCAUCUCCAUUAAUUUCUUGAGUCAACCCUUUCCCGAGUAGAUUUAUAAAUAGAACGGCUUGUUUCCCGCGAAAAGUGUCAUAUUUCCGUGAGUCUCGUAUGUCACCGUGAAAAAAAUGAAGUUGGAUGAAGUCGAACUCAGAAGCCCGUCCUUCGACCGUUUUCCUUUUUUACUAUACGUCCAUUUUUACAGUUUUACAGCCGCUGGGAUCUGGGAUGAAAUAAAAGUUAAUGAAUUACCCGACUGAGACUGAGCAUGAAGCAAUGGGACAAAGGCAGCGAACUGAGGAUCACGGAAAAUUUCUUUGCGAGUGUUUGUUUUUGCUUUGUUUUUUUUUGCCGUCAUCAUCCCACAUUUAAGCAUGCACCGUGAAAAGAGUCGACGAUUAAGCGUUCUGUGGACGAUUUGAAACUUUUCGAUGAUCAGCGCCGAAAAAGUGCCAGGAUCAUUUGAUUUUUGUUAUCGCCGUGGAGUGGAUUUCGCCAAUUAAGCACCGCGUGCAAAAGCGAUGACCUAAGUAGCAACUAAGGAGGAAUGCUUCAGAAAAAUUGCAGUCUUCCUUUACAACUGACUUGUAUCACCAUGAGAGUUGCCUGAUAAAACUGGUACUUACAAAGUUGAACAGAAGACAACAGUUGCUCGACCGUGAAGCUAACUCAAAAGUAAUUUGCAAAGGCCGAGGAAUUUGUGACAUCGCGCUCCAGUCCAAAGACCCUCUUAUCUCAAGGAAAACAAAAUGGAUUGUAUCUGCGCCCAAAGAAUUAUUACUGACUAACAGGAGAAUUCUCAGCAAUUAAUUUAGAAGUUUAGGCCAAUUCUUUCCUUCGAAUUCGCAUCUGUAGAUCACUUUUUUGCGAGAAAACAAUGGCUGGGCUCGGCGUUACAAAACAUAGCAGGGAAUCAUCACACUAACUGACGCACAAAACAACCACAGUAUUUAUUCAGACAAACGCAUUUCGGAGAAAAACUUGAAAAACUAGAAAUUGAUUAAUAUUGAGUCAUUUAGCCGAAAUAAGAACCUUCACGCUAAAAAAAAUUGGCUAAAACGAAUCCUGUCAGAACUACAGACUGCAGAUAGUAGUUAAUCAUUACGCAUGUAACAGACCAGCUUCAUGGCCUCUUAUAAAUGUGAGACAAGCAACCAAAAUUAAGAUUAACAUAGUCAGCGUUUAAAACUCUCCACAGUAUAAUCUACCCGCCAGAAAGAAAAGAAAGAAAAUCUCUGAGGGAUGAAAACGCUAAAGUCACGUUUCACUAGCUUAUGAUUUUGUUUGGCCUGUCACAAUAGCACUGUCAUUUAGUCGUUGUGAUUGGCUCUUCCCACCGUUGGCGCGCGAAGUCUCCCCUGGGAACCGUUCUAAUUAUAAAUCUACUCGGGAAAGGGUUGACUCCAAGGGCUUGUAUGGGAGAUGGAGGCUCCAUUUGAUGGGCUCCUGGAUAAGACCAUUUCCCUUUUAAUGUUUACUCAUUCACGCGCCGGGCUCCAGGGCUUCAGAUCUGAAAUAGGGUAUCAAAUUUUUGAUUAGGUCUGAAAUAGGGUAGGGAAAGUCACAGAUUUUGGUCUGAAAUAGGGUAAGGAAUUCAGCUCUGGAAACAUUCCCCCCCUCCCGGGCUUUUUCAUCGUAUUUUAUACAGCUAUUUCGAGAAAGGUUGUCGGAAAAAAUGUGCACGCGACAAUUCCGAAAGGUAAUAUGGGAUAUGAUCAAUACACUGUUCCUGACGACUGUAGCUGUUGAACAUACUUUUGUUGCUUUCCUUUAGCACUCGCAAACAUAUGUCCGUGGCCUCCCGUGCCAUUUUUUCAAAUUCCUUUGAAGAUCAGAGCACUCGAAACUACCCACAAUACCUUUCGGGAUUGUAGCGUGCACUUUUUCCGACAAUCCUCGCGAAAUAGCUGUUUACAAAUGGGGGGAGGGGUCAUUGUGCCAAGCAUUCCUUGCAGAGACCGUGGAAACUGGGACUACGAAUCGUUGCGAGAUCGAAGACAUGCAUAUUUUGCCACAGGCGGCCCAGACGUAGUGUGUGUCAAUAUAUUAAUAUUCACAUGCACAAAUUAAUGCGAUGAGUCGUCGAAACUCCCACGAACUACAAUGGUCCAAAAGUCAAAAUAUAACAAAACAAAGCUAAGUUACCUUUAACUCAACGUAUCCUUGUCUUUCCUGGUCGGUGAAAGUGGAAUUUUGUUGAGUUUUGCAAUUGUAGGUACUAUCCAAUAAAGAAGAAUUAAAGGCUGGCUACAAAACAAACGGACCAUCUCCACGCGCCUUCACGCGAAGCGCUAUAAAUUCGAGAAUAAUCGACGAAUCCGCUCCAAAUUGCCAUCGGCUAAUCUGCAGGUAACGUGUGCUCCGGUUUCUUCCUCGCUUGCUCCACAAAACCCAUCGCAACUGCACAAUAAUCGCUCGCUCAUCAACAAACACUGUUGACCUUUAGGCUUUGAUAUGACCGCAAACUACCAGGUUUAAUACGUGACGUGAAUACUUGAAUUGGAAGCAAAGUACAAGAUACAUUUGAAGUUGAAGAUACAUUUGCAAUGUACAUCACAAUGUAUGUAGCAGGAGUUUCAGCCAAAAUUGCUAAGGGAUAUUCCAAAAAUGUCGAGGAGUAAGUCAUUCGACUUCAGGACAAGGUUUAGAGCAAUUUAUAGUGCUUCCAAGACUAGAAAGUACCUUUUAAAGAAUAGCCCGAUUAACAAUCGGUUUUUGUUUAAAGAAUAUUGAAGCAAACACUGGAGGAAUUACUCGUCCCGAAAAACUCGAACUGGUAGCUUGUUCUAUCUCAGAGGAAUUUAUUUUUGAAAUUCCAAAACAAUUUCAAGGCUGAAUUUUGGGAACAACUUUUAGUUACGGACUUCUGCUCCAACGAUUUCUCUGAAAUUUCUCUGCUAUGUCAUUAAAAGCCGGUACCAGAAUUCCAGUAAAAAAUAUUAGCAAUUGUUUUUUUUGCGUUGUUCACCGACUUUUCGAAUAAUAUUUAUGUAUUUAUACGUUAUGUGGCUACUAUUACAAUGAAGCGUUUUAUGAUGAAUCGCUAUUAAAAAUUGCUUUCAAACACCGCUAUGAUGAGCUACAACUUUUAUGAUGCGGAGUGCUCAUCGCGCUACCCGGCCGCAAGGCAUGGCCUAUUUUAUUAUAGUGUGCAUUUAGCUGGCAUUUUAAGCAAAACGUUUGCCUCAUCCGAUACUGUGUGUUUUGGUCACCGGACAGGCGCUAUUUGCAGGUAUUUCUAAGUUUAUAUGGGGCAAACAGAGAGAUCAGUAAGGUUUGUUUACAAAUUAUUUUUGGCUAAGUGAAAAUACGCGUAGGUAAAUGUUUGUUUCAAAACAGGCCAGGGUUGUUAAUCUUAUUCUUAUCGGCUGCAACAUAUAUCUGAGGAAUACCAGAGAAUAAAUAUGAAUGAUGGGGACUGAUAUAAAAUCGAUCAAAACCGACUCCCGCUUCGCCAACAAUGAAUCUUGAAUUAUGUAAAUUUCCUUGCGUGCAUCUUACUCGCCUCCGAUUGGUUCAAAAACAAUCUGCUACUGUCAAACAUCACACAUGCGCACUAUCGUGACACCGUCCCUUUAAGCGCUAAUUUCGCAAAAAACAUUUACCCACAAUGAAAUCGGAAUAUUUCUUAUUAUUGCUGAAUAAUAUCUGUUGUUCUUUGGAAAGUUUCGAAGCCAUAUCGUGUUAAAAACGAAAAAGGUUAUGACGAAAAGUUCGUCAUAACUCAAUGCUCCUUUAUUAAUGACGGAGCCACCUUAAUUUAGGUCGACGCCCAAAUUAUCAUUUUGGGCCCCGUUCAGACGCCGCUCUGACUCAUGUGCCGAACCUAACUGAUGAAUUAAGAGCGGCAAAAGAGCGGCGUCUGAAUCAAUUUGGUACGGCAGUUUUAGUUUGGUGCAACAAAAGCAUUAAGUUCGAACUUUUGUUGAACUUAACUUAGGUUCGACACACGGUAGCCGUCUGAUUCAGAUGUCGCUCCAAAGUCGAACUAAUUCAGUUAGGUUCGGCACAUGAAAAGUACGGCAUCUGAACCAGGCCUUAGUUCUUCUCAUAAAAAUAUCAACGUGUGGCCUUGCCCUCAGUCGUAUUACCACUGUUUAAAAAACAAUACGAGGAAAAUUAAAUAUUAAGGCCCUUCAUCAAGUACAGACAAUUUUCUGUGACAUUUUUGCUGCCUACAUUUUUUGAUGUGGCUAUUUUAUGGUAAAUUAUUUGCGGUUUCCCAAUCCCAUAGGCCAUGCUUGGGAUUCCUUCUAGGUUAGCUUUUAAGGCUAGCAAAGUAUUUACUAGGCAGAGCGUGUUGUUCAUUGGUACUCCUAAACAUAUUUUCCAACAUUACUUUAGUUUCAGUUUACAAAAGCUGUGCCGAACAUUACAAAGGAGGUCAACGAAUAAGUGGUGUUUACCGCGUCGACCCUGAUAAUGCCGGUGCCUUUGAUGUGUAUUGUGACCAAACAACAGCAGGUGGGGGUUGGACAGUGUUUCAGAAAAGACUUAACGGCUCAGUUGACUUCGAUCGCGUUUGGAAAGACUAUAAACAAGGCUUUGGGAGUCUAAGGGGCGAAUUUUGGCUUGGACUGGAUAAGGUUCACCGUCUGACGAAAGAACGAAGUAAGCUUCGGGUGGAACUCGAAGAUUUUAACGGACAAACAGCUUACGCUGAGUACGACUUGUUUGGCGUUGCUGACGAAGGAAACAAAUACAGGCUAACCCUUGGAACGUAUGCAGGUUAGUGCUUUGAGGGGAACAGACUGGAUGGGUUCACCUCCAUAAAGCAAAUGUUGAUUAAGUCAGUACAUUGACGGGAAGCAAAAGUUUACCUUACUUACAAUGACAUGCAUAUGAGAUUGUGACAAGAUCAAUUUAUUGAACGUUCAGAGGUUCAACUUCCCGGCCAUUUUUGUGAAUUGCCAGCUUCUUGCCUUCUGCCAUUUGCUGUUUUUGACAGAACUAUGUUACGCCGGUUUUGUUCAGAUAGUAUCUUCAAGAGCUACACUUUAAAUUCGAGGUUACAGUAAAGUUGAUGUACCAUGCGUGAUGUGAUGUGAUCGAUUAUUUGUGAAUGGAGAUCAGCUAAGUGCACAUCCACUAUAAACAGGGGUUUACAUUUUACAUUUGUAUCAAAAUUUUUGUUUGUUUCUAUAUUCCUCACUUCAUUAAUUUGCUGUGAUUAAUUCAUUUUUCUAAUCACAGUAUUUUCUCCUUAAAACUUGGGAGUUACUUUAACGUGGACCAGAGAGAUAAUGGGUAAUGGGGUUGAGGCCUUGUUUGUAUUUUCAAUUUUCCUGUUAACCCUCCUGUUCGUUGCCCGUUCCCCGUUUUAAUUAGGUCCUUGAAAACUGCAUGCACCAAUUUUUAACUUUUACUUAAAAUUAUCUUUAAUUUUACCCAAAACAAGAAAGUAUUUUAGUGACACCAUUCUAUUUUGAAAAUAUGAUGUCGUUUCAAUUCUUUAUUUAUCUUUGUAGGAACUGCCGGCGAUUCAUUUUCGUAUCAUAAUGGUAUGGCGUUCUCCACCAAAGAUCAAGACAAUGGUGAAGGCUAUUGUGCCCCGUACUGGAAGGGAGGCUGGUGGUUCAAAGACUGUCACUAUGCCUUUCUAAACGGCUUCUAUUAUAAAGGCUCACACUCCAACUCUAGGCCGGGAGGUGUGGUGUGGUAUCACUGGAAGGGUGUCUUUUACUCCGUUAAACAUGCCGAGAUGAAAAUCAAACCUGUUAACAUUUAAGAAACGGUUUUCAAGUUUAUUCUUAUUAAACUUUGAAUGUGAUAUCGCGUUAAUAUGUCAUUGCGGUGCAAAAGGAGACAUUUUUUGAAUCAAAGGGAAGUUUACAUUUUCUCCAUUUUGUCAACUACAGUGUACCUUCAAAACGUUUUUUCUUUUACAACUAUAUAUAAGUUCCCGUUUGUCUCUUUUGUGUCGACUAAAGAAAAACGUAGUAAUGCUAUGAAUUCAAAAGAAGCAAAAUGAAAUAAAAUGCGAAACAACUUUAAACUAUUUUCGGUCUCAAUCUCCACUUGGCCAUAUAAAUUUGUUCAUAACCUUG